UCGACCGCCUGUUACUGUGUUAGUUUUAGUUCAUACCAGGAGGUAAAUUAGGGAUACUUUUUGAAGAAAGGUUGUUUGCCUUUUCCCAAAACCACCGGAAUUAAAAUGAACUAUAUCACUGUUAUUGUACUUCUUAUCGUAAUAACCUACGUAUUGAGUGACUGUGGCAGCCUGCCCGUCGUGGAGAAUUCAUCCAACAAUGCCACAGUGCAGGGCACAUACCCAGUCAACUAUGCAGUCCGCUUCAAGUGUAAUGUGGGGCAUGAGCCAGACGGGACUGUCGUGAUUGUGUGCGGUGGCGGGGGCUGGCAGGGGGAGCUGCGGUGUCGGGAGGUCUUCUGCCCAGCUCUAAACCCACCAGACAACGGAAUGAUUAUAGGCUCCCCUUCGUAUAAAGUUGGCAGCUUUAUCACUUUCGAGUGCAAUGAGGGUUAUGAUUUGAAAGGAUCCAGCCAACUACUGUGCCGGACUAAUUUACAAUUCGACAGUUCGCCUCCAGUAUGCAAAGUGAAAAUGUGUCCAGGCUUUGGGGCUGUUGAGAAUGGCAGGACUUUUCAAGAAACUGCUGGAGGUAUAGAAAAUGAUUACGGAAGUGUGAUUAAAGUCACCUGUAACUCAGGCUAUAUCAUACAUGGAACCUCUCAUGUGACGUGUAAGGUGGAUGGGACUUGGAGCACCAGACCAGUGUGUAAAGGUAUCUCGUGUCCACAAUUCGAAGGUAUGAACUCAAACUGUAUAGACAAAUUCUUACUCUACGGAACUUUGUACUACAUGACCUGCAUUAAUGCUCCGAACACCAGAGUUGCAGGGCCGACUGAAGAUGAGCCAAACGUUUGUAAAGCUGAUGGAACUUGGCAGUUCAUAGAGUUUGCCUGCUACUGCAACUGCAACUUGACCAGUUACGACAGAAACAUCAUGAAGAUUAGCAACCUGGCGCAGGGAUACCUGCCCCACGGUGAGAUCCUGCAGUGGUCAUGUAAAAACGACUGCACCAAGCGCACGACGGAUGCCUUGAAGUGUGUGGAUGGUGAGAUGACCAUGCCACAGUGUGACUGUCCCUCAUUCACCGCCUCCCCAGCAUGGGCCAUCCUCCUCAUUGUUGUAGGUGGCAUUUCUGUGAUCUCGGGCGUUGGUGUACUCGCUUAUAAGAAGUUUUUUGGAAAAAAUCUCCAUACAGAUGGAGAUCAGGCUAAAGUGGCAAUGAAUACAAAUGAUGGGAAUGUUGAAAUAAAUGCAGAAGACAAAUCUAAAAACCCACUGAAAUCCUCGAAAUAAUCGCUUGUAAAUGUUUAAACUAUUUAGCAAGCUUGCAUUGUUAGUUUGUCAUGGUUUUGGCUCUUCGGAGAACAAUACAGCGUCGAAGAAACAGGCAAAUACUAGAACACAUAAUUGACUGGACCUGAGGUAGACCACAACCAGCUUCAUACUACUUGUAUUAGCAUGAAAGAUCAACAUCAGAUUGGAAGCCUAGAGUGAUAAUUGUGGAACACCAGACUUUGGCAUUAGUGUGGAUCUACUCAUAUUCAGUACACACGCUAUUAAUGGUUGCAGUAUAAGUCCGUGUCUGAAAUUUCCUACCAAACUGUUCUUAUAUAUGUGUAGUUAUGUAUACAAUACUAAGUGUAUUUGGUUAAAAUAGUUUGAGAUUUUGAAAGUUGAUGAGUCUGAUCAAUGUACUGUUAUGAGAGUAAACAGUUGUUAGUACCGCUUCGAAUGUGUGUGUAAGUGUUAUACACUUACGAGCUAGAGGGCCAGGAUGCAAAUGCAUGACUAAUUUACUCAUGUAUUUUUUAUACUGUGCAUUUAUUGCUGUAUCAUAUUUUGCCGAUGACUAAGACGCAUUUUUAUUAUGUGUUUAUCCAAUCUCGCAGCAUGCUAUUUAGGACUAGUAGGUCAUUUCGGGUCAAAAACGUGGUCGACCAUUGUGAAUAUGGGUCAGAAACAUUUACAUUUUCCAUUAUAACAUACAUCUUGCUUCAAAAUCGAAUUUGUCAAAAUGAAAAAUCUGGCUUUAAUGCGGUUUCCGUAGCAAAGAAUUGAACAUGUGGGUUGUUCUGUAUAUUAUAGCGGCGUUUCAAGUAUUUAGCGCUGUUAAUCAUCAAAAUUGAAUUUAUAUUCAUGAUGUUAAUAUGAGCUGUCACAGAGUGCCAUAUCCCCUUGCUCAACUUUUUUGUGCACUGCACUCCUUCUGAAUGAGUUGUAUCCGUAUAUCAAGUUUGAAGUAAAUACCUUAAAGACUAUUCAAGUUUUGUUCCAGACAAAAAAUAAGUGUGAACAUUAACAUUUCUAAAACUAAAAAAAAUGGUGCAAUCAGAGUUAUGGUUCCUGUGGACUGCAUCUCCCUCAAUGUGAUAUAUCUGUAUAUCGAGUUCGAAGUCAAUAUUGCCAAGUUAUGCUCCGGACAAAUUUGGUUUCACGUUGUAACAUGAUCAAAAUGGACCAGCCACAUAAUCAUUGUGAUAUAAAUUAUGAAAACUGUUUGAUAAAAAACAACCUUUAUGGACAAACACGUGUAUAAACUGGUUAAAGAAAAAAAAGAAACAUCAAUACAAAUAUACGUUUGCCUUACACCGUUCUUACAAAUUUCUGGACACAUUUAAUGGAUAUUUAAUGACCUCCCAAAACUCGUAGGAUGCGGUUUUUAGCUCGACUAUUCGAAGAAUAAGGAGGAUUUACUUCUCGCCCCGGCGUCUGCGAUUUUAAGUUUUAGGGCAAAUUUGCAUUUUUACUUCACUCCGAUAACAAUCAUUCAAUAUACUUAAUACUUCACACAGUUGUUAAGGGCGAUCGCAUCAUGAGAUAACAUCACACAGUUGUUAAGGGCGAUCACAUCAUGAGAUAACAUAACUCCAUAUUAUCCUACAAACAAAUUAUGACCCCUGAUUUGAAUUAGGUACUAAGGUUUAAGUUUUAGUUCACAUUCUGUCAUGUUAAAGUUUUAGUGCAAGUUAGAAUUUUUAUUAAUACCUUUUAUAUCCUUCAUUCAAUUGACUUAAUACUUCACACAAUUAUUUACGUCCAUCUUACAAUUAGGUUCCAUAACUCUAUAUGAACCCUUAUUACAAAUAUGGCCCUUGAUUGAUUUUUUUUAAAACUUUUUUUACCUUUUUAUUGCUUUCGAUGGGAUAUUUUUAUAUUUUAGCCUGGUUUUCACAAAGGGGAACCAGGUUAUUAGAAACACGUGGGUCUGUGUACCUCUGACUGUUUGUUCUCUGACAUAAUGAACAGUUUUCGGCCUUCAACCAUUUCUUAAAUAUGUAUUUCUGUAUGUAUGUAUCUUCCAUCAAAGGCGUAACAAAUGGUUAAACAAUGUUUAUGAAUAUAUACAUCAAUAGAUUAUUUUCACCUUAAAUACAACGCUAUCGUUAUAAUCAUAAUGUAAUAUUUCUGAUGAAACAUGUAGUUAUUAAAAAAGAUUGAUGGGAUUUCUCACAUGUAAUCCUUUCAAGACACCCAUUUGUUAUCAUUAUCAAACUUUGGGAAACUAGUUCAAACUGCAUCAUAUUGCCAAAAUUCUUAUCUGAAACAUUGAUUUUCACCCAGGAGUACAAACAUAUAUGGGACAUCUGUUUUUCGUGAACAUAAGUUUUUUAAGUACAGCAUUUCAGUCCGAGCUAGUGUAUCCGACUUGACGGGUGGUAUUCAAUAUGCAACUUAAGUUAAACUAAUGGUCGUGCAUCAUUGACUUCAUUCACACUAUUGGUCAGUUAUUAAUAACAAGACAUCCGAAAUGCAGCACAACUUUGAUGCGCAAUUUGAUUACCUGAUUAGAAGUUGGUUUUAUGCAUGAACUUGUAUUCCUCUUUUAUUUUAUAGAAUAUUAGAUAAUGCUUUUGUAGUAUGAUCAAUGGUGACUCACAUAUUAUUUGAUAGCAAUGCCUUUAUUAACAGGACGUGCAAACGAAUCAUGCAGGUAGAAGAACUGGCAAGAGGCAUACACAAUAUGGCCAACUUUAAGCAGCUUCCCGCCGAUGUGAGCAAGUUAACCAAGCCUGAAGCAAGUCAUAUAUGACAGUAAAGAGAACCAAAACUCCCUAAACGUGUCUGGUAAUUCAAUGCUGACACAGAUUAAGGAUUUGAGGGACACGUUAAACCAGCUUCUAGAUCAGCUUGAGAAGGGUACAAAAGAAGAGAUGAACAAUGUCCUAGGCGAUCUGGAUGGGUCAUUACAAAGGGACAUUGAAUCCUGCACACAUAUGCAUGACCAGCUUAAGGCAUUGAUGGACAAAAUCCAGGACAGCGGGGAAGACAAUGAGCCCAACUCACACAUCGGACACAGAAACUGUAUAGAGAAGAUUAGAGAGGCUAAUUAUCUGCUUCAUGGGAUGUUACACAAGCCUGAGAUGAAAGUCAGUUUCCAAGCUGACACGCUCGCUAGGGAAGUGCUAUCACAACUGAAGACACUAAGAACGAUUCAGAAAGUACAAUCUGUACAGUCUAUUUUACGUGCGAUUCAAAUAGAUAAACAUAACAUAAAACACAAGACUGAUAAAAGCGAUUGUGGAAUUGCUGAACUCCCAAAUGAGGAAAUCCUUCUAGUUGAUAUAACCAAUUCAAAAGUAAAGACGUUGAACAGAAAAUAUAAGAUGACAACACACAUAGAUUUACCCCAGAAUCCACACGACAUUUGCCACAUCUCCGGCAAAGGACUGGCUGUAUCUGUAAACAGUCCAGACAAUCGACAUGAGGUCUACUUCCUUGUGGUGAAAGCAAGCAAAAUCAAGAUGAACAGGAAGUUCUCUGUUGACCAUUACUGUUAUUCCAUCAGGCACCAUCAGGGUAAGCUGUACGUGGCUUCCGCCACUGCUCUUUACCUCUACACCACCUCUGGCCAGCUGGAAAAGAAAAUUUAUGAAGACCCAUCGUCAGGAUGUACAGUGAAGCGCUUUGCCUUGGCCGGAGAUGGCAGGAAAAUCUAUAUCGCAGCCUCAGAUCACCAUAAACUUAUCACUAUUGACAACAAAGGCAACAUUCUGUCCACACUGCAAGACCAAGACAUCAAGUCACCAGUUGGUGUAUAUGUGAAUGAGGAUGGACAUGUGUUUGUGUGUUCGUAUCGCUCCUGCACGGUGAUUCAGGUUGACCAGGAAGGCAGGAAGAAACUGGCCACACUGGUCAGGGAGGAAGAUGGUAUGAACUAUCCACAGGCAGUCUGUUAUGGAACACGCAUGCGAAGGCUUAUUGUUGGAGGAGAACAAGAUGAUGUUCUCGUGGCACAUCUUCAGUGAAGUCCCAAUAACUAUUUCAGCUUUGCAUGUCUCUUAUUGAUUUGCUUCGUCUUGAUCUCUUUCGCAUUUACUUUUCACCCAAUUGCCAAUAAACACAAAUACUAUUUACUAUUUGGCUGCUAAGCAUAUUCCUUUGCAGUUAUAUAAUGAAGUUAACGAACCUUUGCAUUUUGAAAGUAGGAUUGUAGUUGGAAUAAAACUCUGAAAAUUCCCAAAUAUUCUACAGAUAAAAAUGUCAGGGUAGGGACGUUGAUUUAUUCAUGUUGGUACACUAACUUGUAUACCAAUUAGUGUUUGUGCGAAUUAUGUGCCACUGACCUGACUGAUGAAUACUUCAAAUCCUGUAUUUAACUUCACAUGCUUAUUUGCUUGUAUCUAUAAACUUUUAACAUCGAAUUAAAUCAUUUAAAUCAUAAGUUUUGCUUUUCUAAAAUGCCAUAUUAAAUGCAAAUAUCUGCAAGCCUAACAAUGACAACUAUUUUGAUUGUACAUUACAUUUUUAUAAUGUCUAGGUUUUGCUCAUUAGUGCAAUUCCUGUAUUUUAUUUCACAUGAAAAUAUCUUUAAAUUGUUAAAUCAUUCCAAAAAUCAUACUUAACUAUAAUAUGUGUACAAAAGUAUUGUUUAAAUGAGUUUCUAUUCUGUUUGUAAACUACAGUUUGCAGGUAAGAAUUUUGUUAAGCAGGACUUUCUAUUCCCCCUGCGCAAUGCAAGCACCACAUUAACUUCAGUCGUUUAGUACGGACGCAGCGAAGAGCUCAUGGAAAAUAGAUAUCAAUUGCGUGGUUAUGUUAAACUAAUUUAUUUUAGGUUAAUUAUGAAUGUAGCUUUAGACUGUUAUGAAUCACUCUCAAUCAUGUCUUCUGUGU